AUGGGCUACCGUGGUUUGGGUUACUUCUGCAGCAGAAGUCUUGAUGGUAUGGCACGCUCCAGGCCCAGAAUAGCUGCUGGAAGAUGUCCUCCUCCGAGACAUGGCUUUGGUGCAGCUGGCACAGGGUUCGGCUACAGAGGCGCUGGCUUUGGCUACAGGGUUGGUGGAGUCUCCAGGCCACGCAUCAUCACACCCAUCACCAUCGACAAGCAACUGCUCCAACCGCUCGGACUGGAACUUGGUCCCAACACGCAACCAGUGAAGUACCAAGAGGAGGAGCAGAUCAAGACCCUUAACAACAAAUUUGCUUCUUUCAUUGACAAGGUUCGAUUCCUGGAACAGCAGAACAAGGCGCUGGAGAUCAGGCAGAGCUUUCUGCAGGGUCAAAACCACGGCAUGAAUACCACCACGCCCGCGUUAGAGGCUUAUAUUGGUAACUUGAAGAAGCAGCUGGAAGCACUGGGGUGCCACAGAGCCCAGUUAGAAACAGACCUGACAGCAGCACAGCAGAUUUUGGAAACCAACAAGAAAAUGUACAAGGACAAACGCAGCCAGGGGACGUGCGCAGAGAGUGAGUUUAUUGCCCUGAAGAAGGACGCAGACUGUUUUUUCUUCAACAAAGCAGAGCUGGAAGCCAAGGUGGGAAGCCUGAAAGAAGAGGCUGAAUUCCUGAGAAUGUUACACAAAGAGGAAAUCCACCAGCUGCAGGCCCAGAUCCCAGAUACUUCCGUGGUCGUACAGAUGGACAACAGCAGAGAUCUCGACUUGGAUGGCAUCAUUGCGGACAUCAAGGCUCAGUACAAGGACGUGGCCCACAGGAGCCAGGCAGAAGCACAGGCCUGGUGUGAAAGCAAGUUUGAGAAGCUGCUAGUCGCUGCAGGCAGAAAUGCCGACAGCCUGCGAGAGACAAAAAACAAGAUAGCUGAGCUGACGUGGAUAGUCAAGAGACUGAACAGCGAAGCCAGAAGCGCCAAGGACCCGCGCUGCCAGCUGGAAGGCGCUGUGGCCGACGCGGAGCAGCACGGGGAAACGACCGUCAAGGAUGCGACGCGCAAACUCCGUGAGCUGGAGACAGCCCUGCCACAGGCCAAGGCAGACCUGACCCGGCAGCUCCACGAGUACCAGGAGCUCAUGAACGUCAAGCUGGCCCUGGACACGGCGAUCGUCACCUAUAGGAAGCUGCUGGAGGGCGAGGAGAGCGGAGAGCAGGUGAGCGACAGACCCGAGCAGGGCUGCACAAGCUACUGUAGGCGCACGUGUUGA